UGCCCAGCCGCUUCGCUCACUUCGCCCCGCGCCGUCAUCAGGUCCUCGUCUCUCACGCUCUCUCCAGCGCCCGGCCGCUCCGAGUUGUUGCUUCUCCCGGCCUUCCGUUCCUCCCCCACCCCAGGGCCUCACUCAUGGAUUGUACACUUAACACGCGCCCCAAGUGCUCUGCCAACACUUUCGGCCGGCCUUUAAGUGUCUGACGGCUGGAUAUACCGCUAGCAAAGGACGGAGACUAGAGAGGGACGGAGAGCGAGAGGGAGGGAGGCAGAGUGAGUGUGUGUGAUUGAUAUAAAGAGCGUGUGAAUGAGGAAAGGAAGGAGACAGAAAGGGACCGAAGUGUGAGUGAGAAUGAGUGGCUGAGUGACUGUGAUAAAGGCGGGGAGAGAGGGAGAAGAGAAGCGGAGAGGAAGGAGUGCGCUAGAGACGGAGAUUGAGAUAGCAAGAGCGGGAGAAGUAUAAUAGAGCGAAGAGAGAGAGAGAGAGAGAGAGAGAGAGAGAGAGAGAGAGAGAGAGAGAGAGAACCGUGCUGGACUUGGAGGGAGGAGUCAAGUCGUCGCCACACCUUCCUCCACACUGCCGUCGCUCCCUCUCAGAACCGGCCGGUGACAUCGCGAGGUAAGGAGGCAACCCAGCAGCCGCCGUGGCCUCGCGCAGCGCCGCGGACCUGCGGACAGCCGGGGCGCUGGGUGAUGGGCGAGCAUCGUUGAUGUGCCGCCGUCCACUAAGGCUCAGCUCCUGAUACCAAGCGGUGACGUCAGAGCACGAACAGCACCAUGGCGGCGCGGGCGUUGGUGUGCUUCCUUCUCCUGGGGCUGCUGGGACUGAGUGCUGCCACGGACCUUCACAACAGCCUCAUUAACUCCUCCACGCUGGAGGUGAACGAGCCCCGGCGGGAGGACAAGGAACGCAAGAUCAAGACCGCAAGGCCACGGGACCCAUUAGUGGUGCAAACAAAGAGUGGUCUCGUGCGGGGCAUCAGGACGACCGUGCUUGGCAAAGACGUCGACACUUUCCUCGGCAUCCCUUUCGCCCAGCCGCCAGUGGGUGACCUUCGUUACAAGAAGCCUGUGCCUGUGUCGCCGUGGCACAACAUCCUCGAGGCCACCAAGCUACCAAACUCAUGCGUGCAAGAACCCUUCACCUACUUCCCGGGCUUCCACGGCGAAGAAAUGUGGAACCCCAACACCGAACUUUCCGAGGACUGUCUCUACCUGAACAUCUGGGCUCCGGCUCACCUGCGGGAGCGAGGCCAGCGGCCCACCGAGGUCUUGGUGUGGAUCUACGGCGGUGGCUACAUGGGCGGCACCACGACGCUGGAGGUGUACGACGCCGACCUGAUGGUGGCCAACACCAACAUGAUAAUCACCUCCAUGCAGUAUCGCUGUGGCGCCUUCGGCUACCUCUACCUCAACAUGGAAGACGCCCCGGGUAACGUUGGCAUGUACGACCAGUCUCUGGCCAUCAAGUGGAUACGCGACAAUAUUGAAUACUUUGGCGGCGACCCUGACCGCAUCACGCUGUUCGGGGAGUCUGCUGGAGCCGGCUCCAUUGCUGUCCACCUGCUAUCGCCCGAGUCGAGUCACCUGUUCCAACGGGCCAUCCUGCAGUCCGGCGUGAUAAACUCUCCAUGGUCCAUCAUGUCGCGGGAGAAGGCUUACGACAUCGGUCUGAAGCUGGUGCAGGACGUGGGCUGCAACGCCUCGCUGGUGACCGAGGACCCGGGUGGCGUGAUGGAGUGUAUGCGGGCCGUGGACGCCGCCACCAUCUCUCUGGAGCAGUGGAACAGCUACCUGGGCAUCAUGCAGUUCCCCUCCACCCCCAUCGUGGACGGCGCCUUCCUGCCUGAUGAACCGCUUGAGAUGAUUCGUCGCGGGGAGGUCAAGAAAACUGAGAUCCUGAUUGGUUCCAACUUGGACGAAGGCACCUACUUCAUGCUGUACGACUUUCUGAGCUACUUCGACAAGGAUAAGUCAACGGCGCUCACCCGGGAUCAGCUCCUCGAAAUCUUCAACCAGAUCUUUAAAGACUGGUCUCCGGUGGAGCGGGAGUCCAUCAUCUUCCAGUACACUAAUUGGGAAAACCCGGACGAUGGACGCGCCAACGAGAAAGCCGCGGGUUCUCUGGUGGGCGACUACUUCUUCGUGUGUCCCUCCAACCUGUUUGCCCAAGUGUAUGCCGACGCCGGGGGGAGCGUCUACUACUACUAUUUCAACCACAGGACUGAAAACCAUCCGUGGGGCAAGUGGAUGGGUGUGCUGCACGGUGACGAGAUUGACUACGUGUUCGGACUGCCCCUGAACGAGUCUCUGGGCUACACCCCCGCCGAGAAGGACCUGUCGCUGAGGAUAAUGCGCCACUACAAGCUCUUCGCGUCCACGGGCCGACCCGUGCCUCGUGAGGGUCAGUGGCCCUUAUACACGAGCCGUGGUCAACAGUAUUUCGUGUGGGGCACCAAUGAGUCAUGGCCACAGAUCGGGAGGGGGCCACGAACCACCGCCUGCGCGUUCUGGAAUGAGCUCAUGCCCAUCCUGAGACAGAAUCAAGGUGGCGGGCUCUGCGACAGUAAGGUGAUGAAGGCACUCAACAACGCCGCUCCAUCCCUGGCUCACCUCUCCUCUGCCCACCUCCUCAGCGCCUUGCUGCUACUGACGCCGCUAAGCCUCUUCUAAAAACAUUACAUUGAUGAUACACACACACACACACACAUAAACACGCACACUGUAUAUUUUGUAAUUAGAAGAGGUCGCCGCGGGAAGGAAUCAAGAAAGGAAUAAAGGAGGGCGGCCGGGUCGUGGAGGCUUGGCACCGUCCGGGCUGACCCCAUGGAGGGUUCGCCUGGCUCGCCUCCGCCCCGGUGCACGCGAUUCGGGAGCACCACGCCAGCGGCCGGCGCUGCACCGGGAGUGAAACUGCUCGUCAUGAACUUGUGUAAACAGUGGAGGGAAGAACAAAGAAAAAAGUUGAAACACUAAAGCAAUUUUUGUUUUGAUAAACGCCGCUGCAGUGGUCGGCUCAAGUGUAAACACUAGCGGAGCGGCGUAAUGGGAACAAACAUGAGCUUGAAAAAUGAUCAACGCAUUUAUCGCAGUUUGCCGACUUUAGUGAACAUUGUUGUAGUGAAGCAAGUGUUGCGCUGGAUCGAAGGAGCAGAAACAUUCAGACUGAAGGGGAACGGCAAACAGCAGGUGGAGGAGGAGCACAUUUUCGCUGGUUGGAAAAAAUCUUGCUGAUUAAAGGCAUUGCAGCUGUUUGAAAUUCCUUGAAUGGGGUGAUCUCUGAGCUCAGAGUCGUGGAAGUUCUUGCCUCCAGUUAAACAACCUCCCAGAACCCAGGACACAUCAGACUACAGCCCACAGAGGCAGCCAUGCCCAGCAGCAGGCAGGCAACCCACCGCUUGUACUGACGAAACACUCCCGGGUCGGCGCCGCGGAGGGCCGAGAGCAGGGUCUAAGAGCAGGUGUGGCAGGUGCUUCGGGGGAGUCACCUGCAGCCACCAGCCACCAGCCACCCACGAGUCCCGGCAGGAGCUGAAACACGCACUCUUACCAGAAACACAGAAUGCCCGACACACACCACGCCCGAAACACACGCUGAGAGAAAAAAAAAAACACCCAGAUAUGUUAUCUGCCUUAAAAUAAAAGCAAACACACAUCUGUAGAACACGAGGGCGGACAUAAUGUGUUUUCCUAAGCGACAGACGUAUAUUGAGCUCGGAAGGGAAGCAACAUAGUUCAAAUAUUGAUCUCGAAACUCGCCACGGUGAUCUUGGACAUAGUAUAUAGAUAAGCAGUAAUACAAAUUACGAGUGAUUAGUGUCAAUAACAAAAGUAUUAGAGUUGUUUGUAGGUUUUCUUGAGUUACUCCUUUUUAGUGUGUGAGAAGAGUCACGUUUUCUGGUGACUGCCUCGAGGAGGGUUAGUGCACCUGUGGUGUUCCAGCCGACGUGUUCCCUUCCCCACCCCUCACCGUAAGCCCUUCGGUAAGUCUCUAGCUAAGUCUGUACAGCUUACUUAGACACUUCACCGACAUGACGAAGCACAGAUCAUUUCUUGUGUAAGCAGGGUCAUGAGUUUCAUGACUGAGGCGACUAUGGAGCGCCAUGGCGUCCUGUUGGAUGGUUGGUUUCCGCACCUCCCGUGUAGCCGUAGUCAGGCACGCCCUCUUGUGGCACGUGACGUUAAGUGUGUGGUGUGUGUGUCGACAGUCGUGACAUCAUUGUGUUGUCCACAGGCCGUUUACCAAAGUUGAUGUGCUUUAUUUUGUGUGUAUGUUGAGUUAGGUCUUCCGUUCAUCCCGUCGCCAUCUUUAUUCAUACCUGAGCAUUGUCUGGAUGUUCACUCUAUCGCGGUUUGUCUCGUUCACUCCCGGGUCGGGGCGGGUGGUGGUGGUGGCGGCCCAUACCAGGCCCGAGGCUGCCCAGCACGCUGGCCCGGGACGUGUCUCCUCAACAGUGCUGUCGUAGCCCUCCGUGUGUUUUGUCGCCCGCCUCAACCUACCGAUAAUGUUGUAAUAGACACGCCUGUACGACGAACGAAGUAAUUAUAAUAGCUAGUCUUAAGGGAGCAUUUGUCGGAAUUUUGUUGUCCUUAUAUUAUUAUUGUGCCUAUUGUUGUUGGUGUUAUUAUUAUUAUUAUUGUUGUUAUUAUUAUUAUUAUUAUUAUUAUUAUUGUUAUUAUUAUUAUUAUUAUUAUUAUUAUUAUUAUUAUUAUUAUUAUAAGUGUCAUAAUUACCACAAGAUAUGUCAUUAUGGAUACAGAGAUGAUGAGUAUUAUUUCCAACUUAAUAUUUUGCAAAUCAAAAUUUAUCACUUGGAUACAUGAACACAGCUAAUUAAAGUUCAUUAUUUUCUAACUUCAAUAUUUUUCAGAUCAAGAUUAAUUGUUUAGAUUAAUUACUUGGCUUUAUUUAUAUAGGCUACUUCUUUGAGAGAGAGAGAGAGAGAGAGAGAGAGAGAGAGAGAGAGAGAGAGAGAGAGAGGUUCCUUGGUCAUCACUUUAUAGGAAUAACGUGGUAUAGUAACCUCACAUGUAUGAACUCCACACUUUUACCUCCCUUUCCUUGAGAGUCUGCCUACCCUCCCUCCCUCCGCCUGUGCCUUCACCGUCCCCUCCCGUGCACUCCCUCUUCCUCUCCCUCCCCGAGCACCAUCACUAGUGUGUGUUGCAGUGUUCCUGUAGUCACUUGUACACAGCUUAGUCUAACGCACUCGCCUCCAGUGAUGCGCACCCUAGUACUGUACCAUAUCGUGACUUUGUGCGGAGUUUCUGCGGGCUGUCCGGCGCCCACCCACACACGCCGCCGCCGAGCAGCAAACUCUGACAGACAGAUCGUACACACUCACACACGCCGCCACAGAGCAGACAGGUAGCACACACACACACACACACACACACACACACACACACACGCGCAUAUUUAUUAAGAUCACAGAAUAAAGAGAUACGCAUAUACAUAGUUGUACUUUGAGCACUUUCUAAUGAAUCUGUACUAUAAUUAGCCAACUCUAGAACGCUUCACUAAACGUCAUUCUGUACUCUCUAUAUAGCUUGUUGGUCUGCAUAUCAAGUAACCCACAUAUCAGGUCACCAUCACACACCUAGACAAGCACACGUGAUAUGCCAGCGCUCACUCUGACGCAGUAACCUCAGCUGAUCCUCCAUCCUAGGUAAUAGUGACAAUUAGCGAGUAGUCUUUCAGACAUUAGUCACUACUAUAUACAACAUGAGUAUUGGGACACAUCACUCAGCCAACACUGGAGCACGCCAGGACACACGCACGCACACGCUGCACGCCCAGCACACUCAGGCCUGCAAUAGAUUGCCUCCUGCCAUCCUGACCACCUCCUGAUAGCCCUUUGUUGAAGAGAAAAACGUGUCCUAUCUCUAUAAAGGUUUUCAGAGUCUUUGUUCGUGUCAUGUACCAUAACAAAGAGUAAUGUUCUUCCCAUUUCCCAAUGCUGCUGGUCUGUACAUUGUGUUACAUGUCCGUGAUUUACGAAUAUGACUGUCACCUGUGUCCCUCCCUCCCUACCCCAUACUCUGGGCCAUCCCGCGCUCUGGCCUCAUGUGCUGUUUGUUCAGUCACCUCUUGACACAAAAAUAAACUACAACACAUU